AUGCCAAAGAAGGCGCACUACCCUGUGCCGACAGGCUUCUUCCGUUGCCCGGCGCUGCCGGAAGCGGAGACGACCCACUACAUUGAGCUCGGCGAAAAGGUCCUUCGCAAGUUCCUCAAGAAGGCCCUCCUUCCGGACGCGAGCGUGCACUGGCGGCCCAACGGCGAAGCCGACGGCGUCGAGCUCUUUGCGGGCGAGCCCACGCACCCGAGUGCGCACACCAAAGGUGUCAUCCAGUACCGUGCCAAAGCCCGGAUCCACGCCAGUCUCGAAGAGGUUGCGGCGCUGCACGCGUUCGAGUCGCGAAAGCACUGCUACGAGUAUACGCAGCUGUACAACCACGACAUUCUUGACAUGCUUACGCUCUACAACUGCCUUCCGCGCUCGGACGACCGGCCGCUCAAGCAGGUGUACGUCAAGUGGACAGCGAUGCAGAGCCCCGUGCCCUUCAUCCACGACCGCGACUUUUGCUUUGUCGAGGCGCAAGACGCCUUUAGCUUGACGGGCGGCCUCAAAGGCUGGGCGUUUUGUCAGCACUCGAUCGCUCUGCCGUGGUGCCCGCCCCUCCACGACACGCAGCUACGCCUUGUGCGCGGGUCCAUCUACCACACGGGGUGCGUUUUCCUCGAAACGAGCACGCCUGGCAUCCUGGACGUCAUCUACCAGUUGGCGACAGACUUCAAAGGCUCGAUCCCGUCGUACGCGCGCAAGCUGGCGCUGCGCCGCCGGGCGCGGAAGAUCACGGUCAUCAACGACUUUGUGCACGCGCGCCGACUCAUGCACGUCCCCAUGAAGUCGCGCGACGAGCUCGUCUCGACAACCGACCGGCGGCUGUGUUAUCUCUGCGACAAGGCUUUCUUUGGCCUCGCCAAGCGCCACAACUGCCAUGGCUGCGGCGAGGUUGUGUGCGCCCGCUGCAGUCGGUCGUGGCGCCUGUCCCACGGCAACGUCUCGACCAAGGUGCGCAUCUGUGCCAAGUGCAGUGCGGACGUUCGAUCAGGUGCGGUCGCAUCCAGCAGCCGUCGGCUUUCACGCAGCGCCUCGUCGCUCUCGGGCACCAUGGACCCGCACGAGUCGGACGUCGUGGAUCCUAUCUUGCUCUUGACCCAGUACGGCGAGCCCACGCGGGUCGAGUCCAAGGGCAGCGUCGACUUGGGCUACUUGGAGGUCUACGACCGCCACAAGCCGGCGCCCGACGAAGCCAAAACACGCUUGAUGCUCGAGCCGCCGGCUGCAAUGCUAGAGGAGAAGGGCUCGGACUCGGCCGAGUUCGAAGACUUUUUGAACCUCAUGGCCAAGAUCAACGUCAAGCAGCAGAAAAGCGCACGCCUCGCACGCUACUCGGCCAGAGGCCCUGCGGCACCGUAG